AUGAGUAAUGACAGGGAAGUACCCACACUCUCGCAGCUCAACACAACUGUCAGCAGAGAUAAAGACGUAUCGGACACUUUGUCACCGGAUUUUGACAGCAAAGGAAGUGCAACCGGGCGUGACGGUGGCAAUUUCCCAAUGUAUAUUGCCAUUAAUGAGUAUUUUAAGCGAAUGGAAGAUGAACUAGAUAUGAAGCCCGGUGACAAGAUCAAAGUAAUAACUGAUGACGAAGAAUACAAGGAUGGCUGGUAUUUUGGUCGAAAUCUGAGAACCAAUGAGGAAGGUUUAUAUCCGGUGGUCUUUACUCAAAAGAUAACAGUGGAGAAGGCUCCGACAUUGAUGAGAGCCAAGUCUACCAAAAGGAUAUAUAGUCCAUUAACCAAUGAAGAUCCUCUUCUUUCCAGCACUUUUAUCAGUGAAAACGAUUCAAACAGUGAACUGCCAACCCCGCAACCAAUUGAAACCGCCGCCUCUAUUUCGAGAACUGCCAAUGGAAAGAUCGAAAGAAACUUGUCUUUAAAGAAUACAAUGAGUGACAUAGACAAUGCACUACUGGAGUUUAAAGACGACUCUAUAGGUCCACCAGAUCGUUUCAUCAAUUCGGGCAGAGACGAGGAACAUAGCAUUACGCAUGAAACAAUUCUAUCAGCCACUGAUGGACUGGAUGUAGUCGAAUCUAACAGUAAGCCAACAACGAGUAGUUCUACUGGGUUCCUGAACGGAGAUUUGGAAAAUCAAGCUACUUUAAUUAAUGGAAUUGAUACUACUAAAUUGAACCCUGUAGAAGCAGAGUUUUGGUCACCCGAAGAAAUAACAGCUUAUUUUAUUAUGGAAGGAUACGAUGUCCAAUCUGCCUCUAGAUUCCAGAAGCACAAAAUAUCGGGUAAAAUUUUGUUAGAAUUAGAGCUUGUUCAUUUAAAAGAGUUGGACAUAAAUUCUUUUGGGACAAGAUUUGAGAUUUUCAAAGAAAUAGAAAAAAUCAAAGAGGCUAUUAGAACUAAUGGCCGCUCCCUGAAUAGAGCUAGUAAGACCAAUAACGCUAACAUUUAUAACCAAUUGAUGCCUCCCGCAAACGUUGACCAGAGAGCUUCCUACAGAGGCCAUGUUAGAAAGACUUCACAGUCGUUAGAGGACCUUCCGUCACAACAGAAUUUUAUCCCCACUCCCAGAAAUACUAGGAACUCCUCAGCUUCCAAGCACCGGCCUAAAUCUUUAGUUUUUGAUUCACAAGAGGCUAAUGCUAAUAUAGCUCCAGAUGUUCAAAUUCCUCAGGUGGUAGAGGAAAUGGCAGGUAAUGAAAAUUUGUUUGUUUCUCCGAGGAGAGCCCCCAAACCCCCAUCUUACCCUAGUCCAGCACAACCUCCAAAAUCGCCCCUAUUGAAUAACACAAGGACGUCACCUUCUCCUGCUCAACUUUAUUCAUGGCAAUCACCUACUUUAUCUUUCUCAGGGCCUAAAAGAACUUCUUAUAUCGAUCAAUAUUCUUCAUCAGAUUCUAAUUUCAAUUCCCGUUCCGCACUCCCAAAGAACAACCAAGGCGGUGGGAAGGCGUUGUCACCUAUUCCAUCCCCCACCCGUAAUUCUGUUAGAAAUGAAGAUAGUGAAGGCAAGCUAACAUCGUCUUCGAAGAGGAAUUCUGUCCCUUAUUAUGGAUACGCUCCUGAAUCUUCUUCGGAUAGAAAAUCCUCUUGUUCCAGCCAUGAGGAAGAGCAGUUUCAAGAAACAAUGAACACAUUCGAAAGACCCACGUCCAGUAUAUACGCUGAUGGAUCUACCAUUGCAUCCAUAAGUAAUGACAAAUUGGCACAUGAGAAGGAGGGGAAGAAAAAACCAACGAGACACUCGUCUUCAUUAUCUUCUAAAUCAAAAAGCGAUUCCAGGAGGAACUCGUCUUUAAAGAGAAGCAGCAGUGCAUCGCGAACUAGUUCAUUCAAAAAAAGUUCCUUCAUGCUAAGUCCCUUUAGGCAACAAUUUACUGAUAAUGCUGCUCGCUCUUCAAGUCCUGAAGAGAAUCCCAUAACCUCAAUGCCGUCAGAAAAAAACAGCUCACCGAUAGUUGAUAAAAAGUCUUCCAAAAAGAGUAGAUCUAAAAGAAGAUCAGUUAGCGCAAAGGAAGCUGAAAUCUUUACCGAAACUGUGAAAGAUGAUAAAAAUAAGAGGUCUGCGAGUGAGGCUAUUAAAGGUGAAACGCUCAAGGGCAAAAGCUUGCGUCAAAUGACCGCUAGACCUGUAGCCAAGAAAAAGCAAACUUCUGCAUUUAUAGAAGGUUUAAGGAGUAUUAGUGUUAAAGAGGCAAUGAAGGAUGCUGACUUUUCUGGUUGGAUGAGCAAGAAAGGCAGCGGUGCCAUGAGUACUUGGAAGACGAGAUUUUUCACAUUGCAUGGUACUAGAUUGUCAUACUUCAGCUCCACUACGGACACGAGAGAAAGAGGUCUUAUCGACAUUACUGCUCAUCGCGUUGUGCCUGCUAAGGAAGAUGAUAAACUAGUUUCAUUAUAUGCAGCCAGUACAGGUAAAGGACGGUAUUGUUUCAAACUAUUACCUCCGCAACCAGGAUCAAAGAAAGGUUUGACAUUUACACAACCUCGCACGCACUAUUUUGCAGUAGAUAAUAAAGAAGAGAUGAGAGGUUGGAUGGCUGCACUAAUUAAAACCACCAUUGAUAUCGACACAUCAGUGCCAAUUAUCAGUUCCUAUACAACACCUACGGUUUCCUUGAGCAAAGCGCAAGAGAUGUUAGCAGAAGCGAGAGAAGAGACCAAGCUAAGGGAACAGCAAAUGCUAGAGAACGAGGAAGAUGAGGACCAGUUUUUAUGGGAUCAACAGCAGCUUCAACAGCAGCAACAUGACAAUAAUCAAGGGCAAGCUGAUCGCACAAUAUCAGCGUCAACCCAACGAACUUCCGACGAGGAUAAUACUAUAUCUACUCCGAAUUUGUCCUCUGCUAACAAUACAACCAUUGGCUCAAAUGGAUUUUCCAGUCCGUUCUUACUAGCUUCCGGAUUGUUAUCGCCUGGAGUGGCUCGCAAUAGUAGUAUGCGUGGAACAGAGAAAAAGGGUAAAUUCUCAACGGAAGAGGAUUACUUCGGGGAUAAUUCAAAACAUAAAACCGACAAAAUAUAA